AUGGCUGCCCCCGUAGACGCCCCAUGGGCCGUCGUCCCCUCAUCUGCGUUGGUGGCUGCCGGGCCGUAUGGAGCCGCUGCGGGCCCGUAUUCAACCCCGUGGCGUUUCUCAUUGCCCGUACACGAUCAUGGCCAUACUGGCAUCAACCAACUGGGUGGAGUGUUCGUUAAUGGACGACCGUUGCCGGAUGCUAUCCGGAAUCGAAUUAUCGAUCUGGCCCAUCAGGGCGUUCGACCGUGCGAUAUCUCGCGGCAGCUACGGGUGAGCCACGGCUGCGUCAGCAAGAUUCUCGGCCGAUUCUACGAGACUGGCUCGAUACGACCAGGAGUCAUCGGCGGAUCGAAGCCCAAAGUGGCCACACCUCGCGUCGUCGAUUGUAUCACGGCCUAUAAACGGAAUAACCCGACAAUGUUCGCCUGGGAGAUCCGGGAGCGGUUAUUGCAGGAGCGAAUUUGCGAUGCGGAAAAUGUGCCUUCGGUCUCGUCGAUCAACCGAAUAGUUCGAAAUAAAGGCCCUGUUCCGAUGGCCAACCAUCAACAGAAUGGAUCACCGGGGGCACAGAACAUUCCACCUUCCUCAAUUCAACAGCAACCUUCAUCAAUUCCCCUCCAACUUCCGCCCUCGGCUUUUCACACGCCCUAUUCGAUCAACGGGCUGCUUGGCUUUGAUAAGGACUGGCUGAGCCGGGCGCAGGAGUCGCAGUUGGCGCACGAGACCGCUUGCGAUCUACUGUACCGGUCU